GCGGCGCUGCAACGCGCCCGGCUCAUGUCCGGCCCGAUGGCGCCCGGCACCGACAGGCUCAAGUCCUGCCAGUGUUUCUCAGCGGUGGCGAAACCUGUGAAGGGAGGCUACAUGUACCGUUACAAAAAGCGUUUCUUCGGCACCAACUGGCGGGAGGAGUACGCCAUUUUGUACGACGACUCGUCGCUCCUCUGGUACAAGAGCAAGGAGCGCAGCGAGCCGGAGGGAGCGCUGGUGCUGCGCUGCGCGCCCGAGCUGAUGGCGGUGGGCGUGUUCACGCGCGCCGUGCCGCGCCAGCCCGAGUUCCCGGCCGGCACGGACAUCCGGCGCGUGAUCGCGCUCGGCAGCAGCGUCAGCCGGCGCGUCCAGUGGUUCAUCUGCCCCUCCGAGGACGACGCCAACGCCUGGAUGACGGCCAUCAGCAAUACGCUGCCGCCGCCGCCCAGCCCGGUGAUGACCGAGGCCUGCUGCCCCCGCGCCUUCUCUCUGCCCGGACAGGUCACCAACAGCCUCGCCAAGUACGGCUCCGAGAGAUACGGUCACGACUCUCUGAGCCGACGCAGCCUGGGCGACCUGUGCACGGGGCUGAUGCUGGCCGGCGCCGUCACCGACUGGGGCCAGGGUCUGGGCUGGGGCUGCGCUCAGGGCUGGGGCGGGCCCGCCUCCGCCUUCGACCCCGGCUACUGCUACACGGACGCCGGCGCCGGCGGCUGCGCCGACGCCGACUACGACUGCGAGGCCGACUUCGGCGACUUCGGCGGCGACUUCGGCGGCUUCUGAGCGCCUGGACGGCCGUGGCUUACGGCCGGGGCGUGUCGCGCCCGUCAGGGGGCUUGAGGUGGCAGCGCAGCGGCCGGCCAGCGAGGGGCCGGGUACUGCCAGCGUCCGUCGCUUGGGACGGACGCCCCCCGGACUCUGCACCGCUUUCAGUGACGAACUGGACAGUAAGAAAGGGUUGUCCCGGAAGGCCAAGCUUCUCAUAAGCCUCCCUGCGAAUGGAAGCUCUUCAAAGACUCAGCAGACCCGCACUCAACAAAGCCCCAAUAAUCCCUUGACUCACGUGUUCUGUUUGUGUGUGGGUGGCUCCUGAGCCGAGCCGCCGCUGUUCCCCGACCAUCAGGUUAGCGUGUGCGACGCACGCCCUCCUUCCGGGCGGUAACAGCCCUCCUCAUGUGUUUACGCCUCCUUAUGCCAGUCCGCUCGAUGGCCACCGGGCGAGAAUCCCAUUACCUCGCCUCCCGGGGUCACAGCCCACAGGCUCGGGCGUGGCUUUGGACAUGCUGGCUGUUUUACACUCGGCACCACGCGUCUGCAAGUGGCAGUCACACGCGAGUGCUUUGUGCAGGACAGGGUUAUGCCGUUCCGCUCUGCGAUUGGUUACUGUGGGUGGCUAGUGUUCGUGCCAGCCAAUGGGAGUGCGACCUUGGCGUGGUCGUCCGGAGGGUCUACGGCAGGUGUCGCUGUGUUUGCAGUGCGGUGUUGCGCGCCUAUUGCGGUGAUGAGUCGGUGGGCUCACCCCCUGUAAUGACCUCGGACGUGACGAGAGAGCCACGACUCCGUGGGUGAGCUUUCCUGGUCGGCAUCCGACUUUGUGUACUUUCAUAAGGCGUUAUGCUGAAGCCGAAUGGCCGGGCAGGAAGCCCGCUAAUGCUUGUUGACUGGUUCCAUAUGCUUUGCUAGACGUUGUUCGAAUCGGAGGGGUCAGCAUCAUGCGGAUGAGAAUACAAUGCUAAUAGGUGAUGGUCUCUUACCAUGUUGCCAAUGUCCUGAUUUCACUAUUCCUUGUGGCAUGGUAAACAAGGUAACAGGAUCCAUCUAGCGCACUCAACGUAAUGAUUAAUGCUUGCAAACUACUGAUAUCUGGUUUCUUUGUCGCAGCGCCAAAAGUGUUACACACCCGGAACUGGUGUUUCGUGAGCAUACCCUUUUUGCCUUGGUUUAGUUGACGCCAAGUUAAAUCUCACCAGGUUCGGCAGUACCUUAGCUGUGCCGAUAGCUCAUUGAGUGUGAAACGCAUAGCUGGGCGCUUGGCAUGUUCAAUACAGCUUGUAUGCUGAUCUAAACAGGCUGUCUUGGUGUAUCUGUCGAACUAGGUCAAACAUGUCAGUCUGGGGUCCAUUAAGUCUGCUAUCUUCCCGUAACUUUGCAUACGUCAGCAGGAAGAAAAUUUGUUCAAUUCAAAGCAUGCUACUGCUUACUUUCACCAAGGCCAGUGCGUGACUCACCCGAGAUAAUCCCAUGACCUAUCAAGGCCUCGAGCCUCGGUAAUCUUAAACCUGGUAUAUUUUACGACAAGAACACGAAUGUGCGGUAAAAAAUAUACCAGCGUAGUCCAAAACUCGGUCUGACCUUCCAAGGCAAUCCUAAAAAACCAUAGUAGUGCCGGCCAUUUCAACUCAAGACAAAGUGGCGGUGUAAGUUUAGAUAAACUCUGUUUAAAAUUUAGUUUUAGAACACCUAACUGGUGGUGGCUUGACCUCAAUCUGUUUUGCAAAUAUCUAGGGUAUUUGUAAUAGCUCAUUAAUCCUUGUCCUGAUACCCGGAUCGAUGGUGACUAGGUCCUAAAUGUGCUCUGAGAAUGUUUAUCCCAUAUGCCGCGCUAUCACGUCAAACAUCUUAGAAGCCUUUAAAGCAUUUAUUCGGUGUGUUUUGACGCUGAAAACGUGUCCCUAGCAUUUCUGGCUUCUGAGAAGCGACCAUUUCUAAGGAUCAUUGCACGGAGCUCCAUAGCCGCCGCAGGCAGUGAGCGGCAACCGACGAUUUCGCGUAAUGCGCGAAAAACAGUCUACAAAACAGCGAAGCUGUACAUCAUGAACCGAUGCUCAAAACACAUAAUACUGCACGCACUGUAUUCAGAAUGAGAGACAAAAUAAGCUUUUGCUUAAAUUGCGUGUCGCUACAGGACAUGGUCUUGUGCAUAUAGGCACGUAAAUGGGAAAAGUGAGUUCUCAGAAAAAUUCGGCAUUUGAUCCGGCUUAGUAGAGUCCGCUAUUGAUCUAGCAAUAUUAAAGUCAUUACCGAUCGCGAGAUGCCAUUGAAACCAGUCCCCUGUUUUUGUGUAAGGUGUCAUCGUUUCUAGCUUGGGAACGGAAGGGUGUUUGUAUCGACUCCGCCCUAUCAGUCCGCAUUAUGAAAAACGGCGAAUCUAGGCGAGGGUUGAACGGCCAUCUAGCACCACAAGAAUUACGACUGGUGAGAGAAACCUGGUGCACUCAGUGCCAGGAGCGUCAUGCAAUAAAUUUGAAUGCUUACGGUCCAUGCUUCUCCUGUCUUAUUUUGCGGUUCAGAUCAUUCACGUUGCACAUGCCGUCACCCAGUUACAAGACCUGGUGAGACGUUGCUGUAAAAGUUGAAAUACACCUUGGUAAUUGGCUUCCAAACUUGCCUACAUUGGUUGUCACCAAUACUAAAAAAUUUUCAGGGUAUAACCAUUACUAAGAUGUUGAGAGGAUACAAUGAAGAGGAGGAACGCAGCCAACGCAGCAUAUAUCUUUAAGUCUGCACCUGUGCUGCAAAGCACAACUCAAAAAUGUAUUUUGAGAAGAGACUGUUUUUUGUCUCCCUUUUCUUCGACGCUGGAAAGAACCAAUUAAACUUUGAAACUCUUGCAGCCAAGUCAAUAAGCCUUAAGCCACCUCACAAACGUUUGCGCGAUGAAGGAAUUAAUUCUAUCUAGGAAUGAAACGUGGACGAAUGUCUAAGCCGAAUGUCACCCGUCUUUUUCUUCCCUGAAAAGCGCAUCUUUCGUAGCCUUGUGACAUUGUUUUUACAGAUGUUUUAUCUUUUAAUGGGCGGGAUAACAAUAAACAUUGCACUUGUGGCUCACGUUUGGGAACGGGAUUAAGGAAACUCCGAAAAUGCACACAUGAGGACGGCUAGGUUGGCAAAUUGGGGCAUGUUGGGAUUUUCUGCCAAUGGCCGCGCCAUCCAACAUCACGACGGAAUCGUUCAAAGAUGGGCUCAGAUUGCCGUUUGGUAGAAACGAACACACCCGAUUCUUAAAUCAAGUCACCACGCAGAUUGUUGGCCGUGGAGAAAACAAAGAAGCUUGUAUUUCGGGCACAAAUCCGUUUGCGUUGACAGUAGCAAACAAUUUGGUUGAACAGGAGUUAUCUUCUUUCCACAAUUUAUACAUACCUAUAUGGCAUUAUUGAGAAUUUCGCGAAGGGUCUACAAUGGCGCAUAUUCUGCUGGGCAGGAUUGCAGAGCUCAAAACUGCGGACGUUAAGAAUACCACGAAGGCUUACGCGAGCAAAAACAUAGAGACCGUGGGUGAUGGAAGAAAUGUGCAAAUUUGUAGUUUGAACUAAUCUCAACUGGGAAAAACACAUCUCCAUGUGAACCUUAAAAUGCUAAAACAAUACCAAACUGACGAGAGGAUCAAUGAAGUGCUAAAAACCUGGGUUUAACGAAAUGAGAGGACAAGCCAUCUUAACGCUGCUUGCGUGUCUAAAACUGGUGCAUUAUGUUCAAAAAGCUUAAUUGUGAAGACACACACAAAGAUCAAAGUGUGUAAUGCCGAAACUUCUCACUUCCUUUGUUUCAGCCUCGAUCUCUCCGGAAUUUCAUGGUUCCUUAUUUCCUGGCCACCAGGUGCCAGCCUAGUCCUAGUAUCCCCAUCGUACCUUUAAUGCUGUUAAGUCGCUAUAUGAACCAGCGCACGGUGAGAGCGUUGUUACUGUUUAGUGAUCAGUGUGGUGUUAUUGGGGGAUGCUCGACCUUGUUCGCGAGUUAUUACUUGCCCUCUGAGCGUGAACUAGUAAGAGGCUGACGUUUUGAUGUGUAUUGAUGUGCAUGUUGAAGCUGAUGAUGCGACUGCCCUACUGUUUCCUUACCCUGUGGCAGCUCUUAUGGCGCGUGUCUGCAAAGAUAAGCACUGUGAAGAUUGCUGGUUGGGAUGUCCGGGUUUGUAUCCGGAGCCACAUUAACCCUCAUUGCCUGUAAAGGUGAUUUUGCGAUUGGAAUCGAUAUAUGAGACACCCUGUCACAAAAGCACCAGCUCAUCACCAUCCGCACUACAGCUGAUUCCAAUGGGAGCAUUAGAAACGCUUAAUACUUAUAUGUAGGCAUUCCUUGGCCAUGUAAAGCCGUCCAGCAAAGUUCGGAAAAAGUCCUUAACGCCAACUUGCAUGCGCUUGUUCUUUCCUUGAAACACGUGCAAUCGUUUUGAAAAAGUGGCGUCGCUUCGCUGUAUAACUUACCCGUGUGUGGUUUUAAAUGGGCUCCACGAACCUUGUGUUGGAAUGCCAUGGAUGCUACAUUUUCGAUAUGCCAGUUUUCGAUCAAAUGGAAUUGUAUAAAAAGGUAAGAAUCUUGAUAAAUGCCGACAUGUACCUGCACCAAAAGUACGCGAUUUGCCGAGCGUUGGCCAUUAUGGAAGCGGGUUCUAUGAGAGACGAAUGUUUGUCAAAUACAUGGAAGU